AUCAAUCUCGGCUUAGUGCGAAAAGUACAAUUAAAAUGACCUCAGUAAUCAAGAUGGGUAUGCUCUUCCUUAUCGGAUGUCUCGUCAUGCAAACAAUCAACGCCCUGCCAUUCGAUAGAUUCAGCCGGGAGGAUGAUGAACGGAACAACGAGGUCAGCGGUGAGUGGUUCAAGAAACCCAUCCUCAGGUUGGAUCGUCUCUUUGGCACCGAAGAAUCGCCGUCGGGAAGUCGGAAAGAAGUGAGCAGACCCAGCAGAAGCGAUAAGGGCGAAACCACAGAGAGCUCCAAGCACGCCCAUUCCAUGAUCACCUCGAUGCUCGGAUUCGUGAGCAGUGUCAUCAACUUUGGCAGGACCUUCAUAAGGGAUCAAUAGGAAAUAUCCUAGUCCAACAAUCAAUUAACUUUUAGGUUUAUCAGAUAAAUCUCGAGGUUCCAUUAGCCAAUCGUUGUAGGUUUAAAUAUUGUUGAAGAUCCAAAAUAAAAGAUUUGGUUUAAAACUGUUA